AUGACGGAUACAGUUGUAGCGGAGGGACAAGUCAAGUUUAGAGACGGCAAAAAGUGGAAGAGUCGAUGGGUCGUUGUUCGAAAGCCCUCCCCGGUCGCAGACUGUCUGUCUGUGCUGGCCUACAAGGACAAGAAGAAAACCAAAGAACGGCUCGGCGUAACACUUGAGGGAAUCUAUGGUGUGGAACCUGGACCAGGUUAUGAUGGUGUCGGCUACACCCUCUCCAUCCUCUGCUUGGCACAUACAGUAGUGCUGGGCUUCCACAGUCGAGAAGCUCUAUUGGCCUGGGAAGCCCGUGUACGCUUCAGCCUGGGAGAAGUCCACAGGUUUGCUGUCAAUGUGGAGCCCGGUACCAAAUUGGAGAGUGGCCCUGCCACUCUCCACCUGUGCAACAACUUAUUAGCUCUCACCAGGGGCCUUCCUCCUGUUAUCAUUGGAAAUUGGAAGUUGUCCACUUUACGGCGAUAUGGCGCAGUGCCCAAUGGCUUCGUGUACGAGGGCGGGAGUCGCUGUGGAAUCUGGGCAGGAGUUUACUUCUUGUCCUGCUCAGAUGGGGACCAGAUCAGUUUUCUGUUUGACUGCAUAGUCAGGGGCAUUGCCCCCAGCAGGGUCCCGCAUGGGCUACGACCUUCCCUGCCAGCAGACAACUUCAAUACUGACCCUGCAUCAGUCGAAGAACGUAUCAACCAGGAGGCCUCAGAGCUGGAGAAAAGACUCAGUAUGCUGUCCACGUGCAGCAUAGCGAAUAGUACAGCUUCCACUUAUAGCUGCAGCACAUCUGUUGCCGGGGACGACCGCAGCAGCAUCUCCAGCUCCUCCUCCAGCCAGUCGGACAACAGCUACGGGAGCCGGCGUGCUUUCUGGGCAGAGCCAUUUGCCAAGUUGCAUGUCCCCAGUGAGGCAGGGUCGAGCUCGUCCACACUGAAGACCUUUACGUCUUCAGAUGACCGCCUCUAUGCGGCUGUGAUGGCAGGCCGCGGUCCGGCUUCCGCACAACUCCAGCCUCGCGGUCUCCAUGACAGCGGGCGUCAGAGCUCGUUGGACAGCGGUAUUGGGAUAGCAACCGGAAGUUCAGGCAGUUUCUCGUCCUGUACCGGAAGUGUGGACAUGGCCACCCAGGAAGCAGGAGAGGAAUUUGGCUUGAUGACCUGUCUACCUCCUCCCUUGAAUCCUCCGCCUUCACCUUUGCAGUCCACAGCUCACCUGGAGCUCAGCAGCGGCCCCUCUUGUUCUUCUAGGUGCAUCACACAAGCAUCUCAGAGGCUUAGUGACGAGUGCGAGAAUUCGUGCUUGCUCAGUCUUCGCUACGAUACACCUAGGAGUCUGAUCCAGAACAGGGCCCUGAGAGACCCUUUGGCUGUUGAGGAGCAUCCCUCCGAAAUAGGCGGCGACAGCUCCGUGUGCUGGGAUCGGCUCGCGAGUCAGAAUCAAGGAGUGAUAAACGUCCUCUCGGGACCUGAACUUGACCGCCGGGCUUUGAUGCAGUGCUCACUUUCAUGGCCCAGUGAGAGGACGCCCCUUACGGACAGUGAGGACAAGUCCAUCCCCCAGCAGCUGUUCUUUCCAGGAAGGUCACUUUCUGGCGAAAGACAGUUCUGUCAUGGUUUUGAUAACUACAUCACCCCAGAGCAGUGGCGCUCAGCAAAAAGUUUGCUGACCCAGGCUGGCAACCCCUCAUCGGGUCCACAGCCUUCUGCUCCGACACCAGAAGAGGGCUCCAUUUUCAAUUACACCCACAUAAACAACAGCGCCAUGGAAACGGCUCAGCUAGUGGGUGUGGGUCACGCAUUGGGCAAGGAGGACAGACUGACUCAGAUGGACAACAGGCGGCGAGGGCCACCACACUGA